AUUGGAUCGGCCGAGAUCAGUCGUUCAGGGAAGAGUACUGAAGAACGCGCGAAAAUCUGUCACAUUUGCACAAACGGAUACAUAUCUAAUGAUGCACUCAUCACAGGAAUAUGACAGAAAAUCGCCCUAUAAAUCUUCAGUUAGAAACCAGUCAGAGGCAAAUGCAGUUUACGUAGAAUUAAUGACGUUUAAAAUGUUGGAGAUGCCAGUACACACUGAUUCUUUGGAGAAUACGGCACGUCACUUAGGGACGCCAGGAAGUGCCGAGGAGCUAUGGAAAUGCUGGGUGUUGAAGAAGAUACUAUCACCACCUGUACACUACAAAUACUAAGUAUCAACACUACAAGUAUUAAAUAUUAGAAGAUUAGCG